GUUUCAGUGAAUACACGCUCGUUUCCGGUAUGGCUACCGGUAUCAUUAAUCGAACACUUUUCUUAAAUACUAGCAAACUGUCAUAUUCCUGCACUUACAGCUGUGUCAGAAUAUACAGCACUGAAGGACCUCAUGUACAGCCACCCCAGCCUGGCAAAGUCAAGAGGAAAAUUUAUGACGUCUACUUGAAGAGUUUACAAUGGGUUGAAAGACAUUUAGAAAUUAAAUACCCCAAAGUGUUUAAAGUUUAUAAAGUAUUUAAAGCAGGAACGAGUGAAUUCAUAGCUGAUACAAGGACAUAUUUCUCUGUCACAAAACAAAUAUGGGGUGGCCAGGAACUCUCUACUUUCUCAAGAAAACAGCUAGAGAUAUACAGAGAGAUGCCUGAGUGUCUAUGGACAGUUGGUCCAGUGCUGGCCAUAUCUGCUCUCCCAUUCGCCAAUUAUAUAGUCUUUCCAGUAGCGUAUUUCUUCCCUCGUCAGUUUUUAUCGUACCAUUUCUGGUCUACAGAGCAAAAGAAAGACUUCGCCUUACAUUACCAUAGUCAGAGAGUUGCACAACACAAACCAAUUAUAAAAGGUCUAGCUGCUAAAGUCAAGAAGAUAAAGGACACAGACAGUAGAGAAAAACUAGAGAAGAUACUACAAAGGAUCAAAGCCAAAAGUCAUCCAAGUGUUGAUGAAAUCCUAGCUGCCAGUCAUUUAUUUCAAGAGAAACCAUUAGAACUUAGUCAUAUAUCCCGACCUUACAUGAGACAUCUAGCCAAAGGUAUGCUUCUUCAUAGUCUUCUCAGGCAGAAACUACUACAAGAUGCGGUGCUUAUAAACUACAUUGAUCGUGCAAUGCAGAGAGAAGGGAUCGACAAAUUGACAGAAGAAGAGUUACGUAGUGCCUGCUUUACUAGAGGAUUGAAUGCCACGCGUCUUUCAAAGGAUGACAUGAUACACUACCUCACCCAAUGGACCACCAUUAGCAUGGAGAUCGAUGAAACAAACAUCUCCUUACUGCUUCACAAGCCUGUUCUUCUGGCCUACAACCAUCCUGACAACAAAUCAAUCCGCAAAGCUUUACAAACUUCAUAGCACUAGUACUUAUCCCGAUAAUGACUUCUUCCAUCCAACAUGCUGUUAUUAUGUCAAAUCAAGCAGAAAUUUUCAUGAAA